UUCCGCCGACCAAGAUAGAAAUCAUAACCAGAAUAUCACCCGUGGAGCUGGGCGAGAAGAACGACGUGGGGUGCAGAGUAAGUGGAGGGUCACCGCCAGCUCGAGUGGUAUGGCUGCAGGGAGGGCGAAUUGUGGAUGCCAACUCCACCGUGACCCCUUCGGGCAGCACCGUGAACGACCUGCAGGUGCCGGCCUCCAGGAAGGACCUGCGGCUGCCCUUCACAUGUCAAGCUUCCAACAAUGACGUUACGACUCCUCUGGUCGCUUCCCACCACCGCAACGUUAGCUGUGGCCCGCUCAGCGUCACUAUCACCUCUGAUGACAAGCCGCUGGUGACGGGGCGGACAGCUGAGCUGGUGUGCGCAGUGGUGGGCAGCAACCCGCCGCCACUCAUCACAUGGUUCCUGCAGGGGAAACAAGUGACUCCAGUAACGUCCCAGGUGGACGUGAGCGAUAACAAGACAGUGAGUGCUCUGACACUUAGGGUGGAACGGCGACACCACCACAGCCAGUUGGUGUGCCGCGCCAAGCACCCCAGCCUGCCACGGGAGACCAAAGAAGCAAUCUACAGCCUCGAUGUGUCAUAUAAGCCCCUCGUCAACCUUAGCUUGGGCCGAACGCUGGACGCUCGCACCCUCAAGGAAGGCAUCGACCUCUUCUUCGAGUGUUCCAUCGAUGCCAAUCCGCGACCGUAUAAGAUACGUUGGCUGCAUCAGGGUGAGGAGCUAGUGCACAACGUAAGUGCCGGCGUGAUUGUGGGCGAUGCAACGCUGGCCCUGCAGGCAGUCAAGAGGCACAGGUCAGGGCGCUACGAGUGCGAGGCAUCCAACGUUGAAGGUGACUCAAAAAGCAACGUGGUCAGCAUCAAUAUCAAGUGUGAGUACGACCUUGAGGAGCCUGAACGUUUAGAUUCAGUGAUGUACUUCUAA